AUGCUGGUCGUUGGCGGUGGCAGCGGCGGUGGUUGCCAUCGACGUCGUCGUUGUGGCGGUGGCAAGGUUAGUGUAGGUGGUCGGAUGGGUAUUGGAAGCAACAUUGGUGAGGGAGGGUGCCGAUGUGGUCGACAUGAAUGUUGGAGCUGGCGCGGUGAUUGAUAUUGCAAUUCCGAUCGUCGGGCAGUUGAUGCAUAUGGUCCGAAGAUGAUUGACGAGGCGGAUGCGUGCGCGAAGUGUCUGUUUACAGAGCGGGCACGUUGAAUGUGGUUGAGUGGCGACGUGGCGAAUCGGAUGUGCCUGCCAAUUGCAAGCAGAACUUUUGGCUUUGGCGGCGGUGAUCCGGUCUCCUUCGUAGAUGUCUGCGUCAGUCAUCAUUUCCUUUCCCCAGACCCGUCUGUUCCAGACUACUACCUACCACGUCCUUGCAUUGCCAUACAAUCGUUUAUGAGAAUUCUUCACUGUCUCCUUGUAUCGUCGCUUUUGGCCUUCAGGUAGACAAGCACCGGUGGCCUGACCGCCAUAGAAGAGUAGAUUUGGCAGACGUGUGUCAUUCAUCGACACGAGAUGGCCGUACCAACAUAGAUGCAGUUGCGUCAACAUGACGUUAAUGCUCCUACUUAAUGUCCGAACUAGGACUUCCGUUUCCGGAAUCCUGUCUUGCCAUCUCAACCUUUGUAUUCUGCGAAGGCAGCUGAGAUGGAAGUGGUUGAGCUUCCUGACAUGACUUGAUAAGACAUUCAUCUAGGUCUUUGCUCAUUAUAGGACGACCGGCUUGUACAUCUUCAGAUUGGUGUUCAGUUGAAGGUCAUGACAAUUUCACACGGAGUUCUGCAGCCGGCCAAACAUUUGCAUGGUACGGGUGAUAUCGGGGAGGGAGUUUGGGAGGUUAGGAGAUCUAAUUUGACGUUGGUUUGCAUUUGCGGGAUCCGAUAGUUUGUGGCGCCGUUCCAGAAGCAGCUGUGGCCACUCCAGCCAUGUUUGGAGGAUCCGUGUUUCUCACCGAGAGUAGCGAUGUCCACAAUGUUGCGUGCCAGUUCCUAAGCGAACAGCACCGUCCUCCGUUCUGGUUGAUUCCUCCGCGGCUGCCUUAAGGAGGACAAACAUUACGGGUUGUGUUGCCAGUGUGGAUGAACCUCCUUUAGGGGUGGCAGUUAAAACCUACUUCUACUUUGGGAAAACCUGGUCCAUCGUGCGCGGACAAGGUGAGUGUGUGUGUGUGUGUGCCCUCCAAACGGGCCAAGCGUUAGAUGCGCUGGACCAACAAGUGGGCCACAUCGGAUUCUGGCAGGCGCUAUCUGUGCGCAAUAGUAAUUGCCAACGCAUAGGGGGUGCGCUGGCAGUCCUCGUUGUCGAAAUUCGUCACACAACUGGGACCAAUGCCAUGCCCUCCAUUGCUGUGGCGGUCAAAAUCGUGGUCAUUUGUGUGUGGACCAGGGGACGCGGACUGGAGCGCCAAAGUGAGGAUCCGUCCGAGUCAUCCACCUGCGGCCUCCCUCGUCUCCGGUCCUCUCCACUCUGUCUUGACACCGGGCUCAGCGAGGGAGGAGGAGAGAGUGUAGGUAGAUUCAGCGCAAGUCUACUGACACUAUAAACCCCUUUGAAAGUUACCCUCCCUGCUCCCACCACUUCUGUGGGGCACACGGUGGACAUCGUCGAAAUCGACGGAAGAACUAUCGUGUGUGUGUGUGUUGUGCCCUCCAAACGGGCCACGUGUUAGAUGCGCUGGAUCAACAAGUGGGCCAAAUCGGAUUCUGGCAGGCGCUAUCUGUGCGCAAUAACAAAUGCCAACAUCUGCGGGGUGCGCUGGCGUACCCUGUUGUCGGCAUUCGUCGCACAACUGGACCACUGCCAUCACUACAUUGUUUUGUGGUCAAAUUCCUGGUCAUUUGUUUGUGGACCAGGGGGUGCGGAGUGGAGCGCCAAGGUGAGGAUCCGUCCGAGCCAUCCACCUGCGGCCUCCACCGUCUCCGGUCUUCUUGACUCUGUCUUGACACCGGGCUCAGGCGAGGGAGGGGGAGAGAGUGUAGGUAGAUGCAGCGCAAGUCUACUGGCACUAUAAACCCCUGCGCAAUUCACCGUCCCUGCUCCUACUUCUACUGUGGGGCACACGGCGGACAUCGUCGAAAUCGACGGUCGAACUGUCGUCGUGUGUGUGUGUGUUUGUGUUUGUGUGUGUGUGUUUAUGCUUGUGUGUGUGUGUGUGGGGUGUAGGGGUGUCAGCGGUGGGUUUACGUGAUGUUCGUAGUGGUCGCUCACUUGCUUGCAGGUGAGACUACGCCUAGCCUCCACUUGCUGGCAUCCAACCCUCACCUGUGGCUCCACGUAGCUGGGCUCUGCUCAGCGGCCACACCCCGGGCAUCCGCCUCGACCGGCGGGCUAAACCAGGUGAGGGCGGUUACUAACGGCUCGCGUUGUGCCACGUGCACCAGGUACUGCGGACUCCGUUGGACGGUUGGUCGGAUGGAACACCGUGUCGGCGCCGUCGAGAAGAGGUUUCGUCUAUGCUGUUGGUCAACUGGUUGGUGGAACAUCGCAUCGGCAUCAUCGAAACGAGGCUCCGCCUGAUACGCCGUUGGCCACCCGGUGGGAUGGAUCUUCGAAUCGGCAUCGCUGACACGCGCCCAUCUGGUGCACCGUAGGAAACCGCAGGCUUAAGGCAUUGUCGUAAGCCAUUGGCAAAUUUGAUUCGUUCUUCCACUGCUAAACAAAGUCGUGGCUCACCGUGGAGUUCGGCCGCGCCGGCACAUCAAGAAGCCCUAUUCAGGGACCGGGCACUGAUUCUCUUCGGAGGGUGCCUGGAAAAGCUGGUCUAAAAAUUUCUGGGGAACCACGUCGUCUGCAGGCGCACCGUGGUCGCAGACGCAAAUCUCACGGUCGAAACAAUCAAAAUCGAAUCAACAACAACAACAACAAUGACAACAACAACAACAAUACUCAUUCUCCUCAUCCUACCUAUUCUUCCUCUUCCUCUGCCUAUUAUUCUCCUUCGUCACCUUCUUCUCCACCUCCUUCCCGUCACCCUACUCGUUGUCACUAGACUGGCAGGGUGAGUCCACUCACUCUGGCAGCCUGGAAUGUCCGUUCCCUUUUAGACAAUCCGAGGAGCAACCGACCGGAACGGAGGACGGCGCUAGUGGCUCGGGAACUGGCACGCUACAAGGUGGACAUCGCCGCACUCAGCGAGACUCGAUUCCCCGAAAAAGUCCAACUGGAGGAGGUAGGUGUCGGUUACACCUUCUUCGGGAGCGGUCGCCCCAGGGCAGAGCGACGAGACGCGGGUGUCGCCUUCGCCAUCCGGAACGACAUCGUGGGACGACUACCCUGUUUGCCGCAGGGCAUCAACGAUCGCCUGAUGAGCCUCCGUCUCCAUCUCCGGGGUAGGGGCGAAUUUGCCACCAUCAUCAGCGCCUACGCUCCGCCGAUGACCAGCCCCGACGCCGUCAGAGACAAAUUUUACGAGGACCUGCACGCCCUCUUGGCGACUGUGCCGAAGGCGGACAAGUUGAUUGUCCUUGGUGACUUCAACGCCCGCGUCGGCACAGACCAUACUGCCUGGAAAGGAGUGCUGGGUCCCCACGGUCUCCGCGGCUCAAACGACAACGGCCUGCUCCUUCUCCGCACCUGCGCAGAACACCGCCUCAUCCUGACACACACGUUCUUCUGUCUGCCGGAGCGAGAGAAGGCCACCUGGAGGCAUCCCCGGUCGCGCCAGUGGCACCUGCGGGACUACGUCCUCGUCCGGAGGCGAGAUCAGCUGGACGUGCUGGUGACAAAGGCGAUCGCGGAUGCUGACGGGUGGACCGACCAUCGCCUCGUCGCCUCGAAGAUGCGUAUUCGCCUACAGCCUCGCAGUAGACCACAAGGUAAACGACCCCAGGUAAGCUGAAUAUUACCUUUUUGUCUUUGCCCGCACACCAUCUCCAUUUCAGCAAUGAGCUAGCCCAACGGCUAGACAACCUUCCCAUCGCUGCCGCUGACGACGCCGCCGAUGCCGAGAACGCCUCCGUGGAGAACCGCUGGUGUCAACUGCGAGACACGGUCCAGUCGACGGCGCUCGCCGUCCUCGGUCGCGCUCCCCGCCAACACCAGGACUGGUUCGACGACAACGACGCCGCCAUCAGAAAUCUGCUAGCUGAGAAGAACCGCCUACACAAAGCCUACGUAGAUCACCCCACUGAUGCCACCAAAGCUGCCUUCUACCGCAGUCGCCGCCAGCUUCAGCAACGACUGCGCGAGAUGCAGGACGCCUGGACUGCUCGCAAAGCUGAGGAGAUCCAAGGGUACGCGGACCGCAACGAAUGGGAGAACUUCUUCUCCGCUAUAAAAGCUGUCUACUGA